GGGCAAGGACGGGUGAGAGGUGACAAGUUGAGAGGUUGUGUUAGCAGAAACGGCAUGGCGGCUACACUUUAGCUGCUACACUUUUAAGUAAAGGAAGUCAAACGAAGCGAGGGUGCUGUGGCUCAGCGACAGUCGCGGCGAAUGUGUCGUGAAGUGCAUCAUCUUUGAGGACCAGCAAAGCGUUUGUUGGAUGAUAUCGCUUUGCUCGUCAGCCCAUGUUAACAUGCUGCUAGCUAGCUUGUCGAGUUGCUCUGUCACAGCCGAUUAGUUGGGAGUUACGGGAGCUAACGCAGCUAGCUCGCUACAAACAAACUUUGAAUCUCGAGGAAAACUAUAAAGAUGGCUGUGUCAGUGCGGGGCCUGUACUUUGUGGUGACCCUGUUUUUGAGUAGUUUCUUUGGAAGUGUCUUCCUUAUGGGUCCAGUUUUGCCCCUCAUGCUGCUUUCUCCUGCUUGGUACCGCUGGAUCACUGAUCGCUUGGUCGCUGUCUGGCUCACCCUGCCUGUGUCCUUGCUAGAGCUGGUAUUUGGGGUUAAGGUCGUGAUAACGGGCGAUGGCUUCAUUCCGGGGGAGCGCAGUGUGAUUAUCAUGAACCACCGUACGUGUCUGGACUGGAUGUUUCUUUGGUGUUGUCUGCUCAGACACAGCUACCUUCGUCUGGAGAAGAUCUGCCUCAAAGCUGCUCUCAAGGCUGUGCCUGGCUUUGGCUGGGCAAUGCAGGUGGGCUGCUUUGUCUUUAUUCGGCGUCGAUGGGAGGAGGACAAGAAACACUUGGAGAACAUGCUGGACUACUUCUGUGACAUCAGAGAGCCUCUGCAGCUGCUGCUGUUCCCAGAGGGCACAGAUCUAACUGAGAACACGAAAGCAAAGAGCGAUAUAUUUGCCGCCCAGAACAACCUGCCAAAGCUGGAGUAUGUGCUACAUCCUCGAACCACUGGAUUCUCCUUCAUCGUGGACAAGCUAAGACAAGGAGAUAACCUGGAUGCCGUUCACGACAUCACAGUGGCCUAUCCCAAGACCAUCCCUCAGACAGAACGCCACCUCAUCCUGGGGCUUUUCCCCCCCGAGAUCCACUUCCACGUCCGCCGCUACCCAGUAGCUUCCCUGCCCUCCUCAUCAGAACUGCAGUCUUGGUGUCAAGCACGCUGGGCUGAGAAGGAGAUCCGUCUUCGUGACUUCUACUCAGGACAGCCCCGGGCCUUUGACAGAGACAGAGUUGCGUAUGUGCCACCUUGUAAGUCCGAGUCCAGGGUGGCUCUGAUCAAGGCAGCCUCUCUGCUGUCCUGGACCAGCUUCAUUGUUCUGUGCUUCACUGGCCUGUGGCUGUGGACUCCAUUCAGGCUCUUUCUUGUGGUCAUUGUCGGAGUGUAUGUGGUCCAGCUUAAGCUGUUUGGAGGGAUGGAGCUGCUUGAGUUGGCCUGCCAUCGAUAUUGGAAGUCCAGUGCAGCUCAUGUUGGAGGCAAGAAGAUGCAGUGAGGCGAGGAUGGAGGACCGGAUUGACUGGAAACUCUUGUUGUCUCUGUCUGCUCAGUCCAGAGGGCGAGAGGCUUCCUCAGACGGAACCAGAACUCCAUGCCUUUAGAAAGGGAGUAAUAAUUGAAUUCCUGACAGUAAACAUGGCUUCAGUGGAAAGAGCUUACCAUUCGGUUGAAGUAAGAAAAGAAGGACUGUUUUCUACAUGUAUGUGUUCAUGUGUAUUUCUCCUCCACCUCUGUGAUCACUGUCGAUUAGCUGGCCCUCGGUUCAUUUCACGUUUUUAUGUUGUUGUUGUUAAAGUUGUUUCAGAACCUCAAUGUUGACGUUUAUCAUGAAAAAAACAAAAUGCUGUUAAUAUUUUUUUAAUUCUGUUGCCAUGUCCUUUUGUUUAUUUGUUUGUUUUUUAAAACUGCAUCUUAUGUUGUACUUGAUUUUUAUGUUAGUGUUAUAAAUUAAGGAGCAGAGCCAUAGUACAGAGCAAAUGUACAUAUGAGGACUUGACUCUUCAAAUAUUCAGAAAAGCACUGUAGUUAAUCAGAUGAGACUGUUGAAGUUAAUCAGUUUCUGUGAAUUGUCUCUUGACGAGAAGAGAAAGGGAUUGAUAUAAUUCCCAGAGAAUUAUAAAGUGUAUACAGCUAUGUGUACCAUUGUUUACCUUUAUUGGGUAUAUUUGCCCUUUUAUACAAACUGGGGAAUGACAUUUUCCCAGUUUAGUCCGUAGAGGUAACUCCUUAGACGCUUAUUACUCUAUAGGAAACAUCAAUGAUGUUCUGCUUGUUCGCUCAAGUAGCUUUUGCACAGAAAAGCCAAAGCUGAGAAAAGCUGAUGUGAUAGGAAACCGUACCAAACCGAAUGUAGUCAAUCAUGUCAGGAAAAUGGCGCUGGACUCACCCGCAGUUGCGCUGAGGCUCUUGUCAUCACAAACUUGCCAAGAUCAAAGAGCUGACAGAUCUUGCAUCCGAAUAAAUGUAGAAGCAGAUGAGUCUUCUGCCCCCUUUCUGGGACUGAAGGGAUGACGGGUAGAAGCAGGACGUGGGUGGUGCCGUGGUUGGAAGAAUGUCCUGUUGGGACAACAUUACCCUUCAAUGUGCAGGGUGGCACGGAGGACCAGACUUGGAGUGGAAAACUGGGCCCCAAAACUCGACCUAAUCCAAAAAAGCCCUAUAAUGCCCACCUCUGCAAGGUAGCAAGUGACCGCUGAGAAAGCUCCUCCGGUUGUGCCAAAAAAGGACAGAAAUUGAAGAUUGAAGGUGUUCCAACCACACUUUGAACCACUGACUUUGCUUACCACGGAGCUCAAUAUCCUUUUAAUCCACAUUAACUUGGGGGGGGGGUGUGAUCUCUCACAGUUACUCUGUCGUGUGUCACCUCACUGACCACCUUUUUUGUGAGAGCUCUUUGGAGACUGAGGGCGUCAUUGUAGUUUGUACGAAUCUAAAAGCUUCUGUAUUUAACGCAAUGGGGCUGUUUCCAGUCACUGUGAUCGGCUGUUACCAAUUUUAUCAGCAGCGGCAUGUCGUAGUUUACCAAACAUGGUACUCUGUCCAGAUCCUGAACCCACCUUCGAAAACCUCCUCAACCAGCUAGAAUGUACACGUGUUCACUUGUGCUGUUUUUGUGUUGCUCAUUUUACAAUCACUCGCCGAUGCUGGACCUCUUUUAAAAGUCACUGUCCUCAGGUAAACACAGUGGACACUGUUGUGAGUCUUGUCUCUUAUAGGAAGAAAUAUACUGUAUAUGAAUAAAUCUAUUAUAUCUA